GCAUCAUAAUGGAUUCCGUUGCUAAGUUGCUAAGACUUUAGUGACGCAAACAAUGUUGUAGUAUAUAUGCAAGAGUUUCCAAAGUGCAACUUGAUGCCAUUUUUUUCUGACAUAAGGCUAUUUCAAGGAUUAAUACCGUGAGGUGACUAUGUUCCCUCCUGUUAAGACGGUAGUGGGUGGUACUAGCGCCUCCAUACAGAUGGCAAGGAGUUGUGCUACCUGCAAAAAACUUCCAGUACCUUCUGGGAUCCAGCUGACACUGUCUCGGGCGAAAAUUGGGGAAACGCUGUACAAGCCAGUCACUGAUUUUCUUCGAACUGGCCCGAGUAUGCGUGUAAUGAUGCCCAGCUAUAACUGCCUACAUGAUCCACAUCUCCGUCAUUAUUACCAGAAGAAGGAGCUGAAGGACAAGUUGAGAAAAGGCAAUUUCAUUACAGAGGACAAUGAGGUGAUAUGCUCUUUGAAAGACUAUAACAUGUACGAAGACUACCUGAGAAGCCUGAAAAUGGUUGCAGACAGAAGUCGUGUUGAGGAACAGAUGGACAGAAUGAGUGCGUUUCUUGAGGCUCAAGGAAAAGGAUUUAUUUCAAAGGAUGUGAACGUUUCUGAAAUUACAGACAUAUUCCUGGAGGAAAAUGAAGAUAAUCUGCAAAAGCUGCUGCAAACAGAAUUGGCCUGGCAAGACAGACAGAAGAAACUAAGUGAGGAAGACUUUCUCACAGAACUGAACCUGCUGAAGUGGAGGGCAGAGGAUCGUGCAUGGCUAAUGAUGAAUGAGAAGUAUUACAGGCACAAGCAGAGCAAGGAGAGGCAUCUGAGAGAGGCCCAAGAACAGAGGCAAAGAAAGAAACAAGCCUUGUUCGAGCAGAAAUGUGCCAACCUGUGCAGGAAGAUGGAGGACAAAAUUAAAAUGUUGGAAGAGACUCAGGACAUAAAGAAAGAGCGUGCCAUCAAUAUCAAUGCCAUGCUGUGGGAUGAACCAUUGUGCAGACCACCAAAGAAGGAACAAUUACAACUGCCCAAAAUUCCAUCUUCGGAGAAGCAAGUUCAGUGGUCAGCCCUUGCAAGAAUAUAUGGGUCAAGAACAAACAAAAACUACAGAAAACAAGCUGAGCAGAGCACCCAACAGAAAAGGAAGCAGAAUAAUGCAAAACUCCCUCAAGUUGUGACAGUGGAUAAAUCCCCCAAGACCCGGGCCCAGGAAUCUACCCAGGGAAACAAGCAGAGUUUUCUGCCAAGGAUUCCGUCUGUGGACCCACCUGCCCAGCAGUCUGUCCGGACAAGGAAAUAUUCACAGAGGCAAAGUAAUGCUUUACAAGACUGAACGGAAGAACUGGACCCCUGAUGGAGAAAUAUAAGCAGUGCAUCGUAGAGUAAGGAACAAAAGGGGUAUACAAUCUUGCUACAGGAAUUGUGUCUAUGGUUUCUAUUGUGAAUGUCAUCUUGCUUAAUUUGUCAGAUCAAUACAUAGUUUAAUUGUUAAUUAUUGAAUGUAUGUUGUGCAUUCUAUAAUGGUGUAUGCUUUUGUUCAGUCAGAAAUUGAGCUCAUUUGUCAAAUGUGUGCUGUGUUA